AUGGCAACGUCUUCAAGUUCCUUCCCCUCCUCUCCAUUUGUUCACGCCGCCACCGAGAAGCUCACCAAGGGCAAUCAAGUGUUGUGGCGGGUGUCCGUGCUCUCCGCCAUCUGGGGAGCGCAGAUGGCAAAGUACCUCGACGUCGACCAACCGGCACCGCCCAUGGAAAUUGAGGUGGCCUCGUCUGAUGGCAGGACCACGACGAAGGCGCCGAACCCUGACUUCCAAGCCUGGUAUGCGCAAGACCAACAAGUCUUCUCCUAUCUUCUGACAACACUUCCUCGUGAGAUGGCUACCCAGGAUCGCCCUCGCCAAUCUGCAGAAGGGCAACUCGGGAAGAUCAGGUCCCUCUACGACGAGCUGAUCGCUGCAAGGAAGAAGGUGGACAAGGAGGACAUUGUCUCCCACAUCUUGGCCGAGCUCGAAGAAGACUUUGAUCCCGUGGUCUCCGCCAUGUGCUCCUGGGUGGAACCGGUCACCAUGGCUGAGCUGUUCUCGCAACUGCUCAGCUUCGAGACAAGGAUGAAUCUCCGUGGUGGAGGAUCGCAGUCCUCUGCCAACGCUGCCACUCGAGGCCGCUUCGCCAAAAACGGCGGCGGGAGUGGUGAUCGUGGCCGCAAGCAAAUGCGACAAUGGUGGUGA